AUGCUACAUCGACCUACUCUCAUGCCUCCAUCAAUGAGAUCAUCUUCAAAAUUCAAAUUAUCUACUAAUUCACAACAUUCAUCUCAAUCGAUUAAAAUAGAAAGUCCAGAAUUGAUUCAACUUCUUGACUAUGAUGAUGAUGAAAUAGUUAUUGUGGAACCUACAGAUCCAGAUGAAGAUCGUAUGAAACAGGAAGAUACAACAUGUGAUGAUGUAUUAAAGAAAGAACAAGAGGAUUAUACGGAAGAAGAUUACAAUGAGAAUGAUGAAGACAUGAAUUCAAAUGAAUCUCAUAUAAAAAGUGAAUCUCACAUCCCAGUGUCGAAUAUUAAAUUGGAUGAACCCACUGGAAAUGAAACUGCAGUCACCGUAACCACAGAUUCAGUUAAACCUAUUGAAAUUUUACCUCUGAAUGAUGCCAUUCAGAAUUUACUAACAUGUAUACCACAUGGUGCUGCCACUAUACAGAAUGUUCCACUUCAACCUAUACUGUCGAGUAAAGUGAAUGGGUCGGGGAGUGUGCAAAUGCCGAAUGUUGUUUCCAAUGCAUUGCCUACAUUGUGGCUUCAUUCUCCUGUUGUGAAUUCAACAGGAAUGAGUAUGCCUAAUGUGACUAGUGUGACAGAUUUGACGAGUAAUAUUGUACAGAAUACUGCGAAUGCACUGAAUCCACUUGUUGCUGCUGUGCUUGUGAAUUGUGCCACAGUGAACAUGAUAAGUCAGUUAGCUGGAUCAAUGUGUACUCCGAUCGUGAACAGUAGUGUGAUGGAUGGUAAUGUUAAUGGUAUUAAUGUGAACAAUAAUAAUAACCACACUACUAUUAAUGGUAGUGUUAGUAGUGGUAAUGUUGGUGUUGGUGUUAAUGGUGGUGUCAGUGGAAUCAACACUGUAACAAUUCCUACAGCAUCACUACUUCCUAAUUUGUUAUCUGCUAUUCCGUUAUCUACGUAUAUAUCGGGAUUAGGACUGACUACAUCUGGAGGUAUAAUUACUUCACCAAAUAAUUUGUGUGAUGUUGGUGUUACCAAUACAGUUGUCUCGUCUGCUGCGACUCUUAAUAAUACUAACAAUAUUAGUGGUAUACUUGUGACACCAUCGAAUGUUGAGAAUAUUACAGUUUCUUUAUCAUCAGACCGAAGUUCUAGUCAAGCUGAGUACUUAAAUAUAUCUAAUGAUAAAAACACUCAGCGUCCUGUUGGUCGUGUAAAACGCUUCAAAUGUCCUGUAGUUAAUUGCGAAAUGUCAUUUUACAGUAGAUUCAAUCAAAUGGAACAUAUACGUACACAUACUGGUGAGCGUCCAUUCACCUGUCCAGAACCGCAUUGCAAUGCAACAUUUAAACGUAGACGUGAUCUUCGUGAUCAUUGGAGUAUGCAUCUCUUAGAUUGCCCACCUUCAGCUACAUUGACUGAAGAAGAAUUCAAUAAAGCAUUGAAAGAAGCUGAUGAAAAAUAUAACGCAAUGUAUAAGUGGGAAACGCUUGAUGUUAACUGUUCAGUAAAUAAAGAUAGUAUUACUGGUAGUAAUAAUAAUACUAAUGACAAAAAUAAUGAUGUAAAUACUGUAAAAUCUGAAUCAUCUCAAUCAUCCGUGGUAAUUCCUGACCCCAGAGCAUUGUUUAACAUUAAAUCUGUUAGUGCGUUGGGUAGAUAUCAUUGCACAUAUCCUGGAUGUGAUAAAUCGUAUGCUAGACGACAUCGCUUGAACCAACAUAUAUCUACACAUACUGGUACUGGUCCGAUACCAUGUGAUGCACCGAAUUGUAAUGUGAGAUAUUUUUCAGAGGAGGAUUUAAAAAGACAUAAAUUAUCUCAUCUUUAUGCAGCUGAUAGAGAUUCGCGGCGUCGACAUGCUUGUACAUAUGCUGGAUGCGGUAAAGCCUAUUCAAAGCUGAACAAGCUCAAAGAACAUUUACGAUCACAUACUGGUGAAAGGCCCUACGUCUGUCGUGAACCCGGUUGCGGUGCUGCAUUCAUCCGACUAUACGGUGUUAAACGUCAUGAAUUAACACACGUAUUCGGUCGUAAACGUGCUGAAAGACUAUCUCAAAUCCCUAACACUGACGCUAAUAGUAUGACAGGAACUAGUUUUGACAUUUCUGAUCCAAGGUUAGAUAUUCAGAACAAUCCAGAAGUAACUACUACUUCACCAUAUAUCUUACCAAAGCCGGAACCAAUGGAAACAAGAAAUGAGAUAUCGAUAGCACCAGCUAUUACGAAAAAUCGUCCUCUUCCAGCUAUUGCACCAAAAUCAAGUGUAUCUCUUCCGAUGCGUCCGAUUUCUCCUAUAAGUGGGAAUCCAGGAAUGAGACGACCACAUAUCUGUCCAUUUAAAGAAUGUGGUAAAGCAUUCCCAAAACUUAAUAAACUGCGUGAACAUAUAUGUCGACAUACAGGUGAACGACCAUUUGUUUGUGAUAAAUGUAAAGCAUCAUUUGUUCGUAUGUAUGAUUUACGUCGUCACAGUAAUAUUCACCUUCGUGGUGCACAACCAAGAAGUUUAUCACGUUUUCUCACAACUCCACAACAAACAAAUGAAACACUUGAAUCUAUUAUUGCAAACAGUCAAAUUCCUGUCAGUACUACUCCCAUAACUACUACUUAUGCAACUUAUACUACUAAUACUAUUCCCACUGUCACUACAACGGUUUCUGCAACCAGUCUUAUUUCGGAUGCUACAAAUCCCACCAUCUCCACUGUUCCUGUUUCUAUCAGUACUCUUAAAGUUGAAGAAGAGCCAGUACUAAUCAAAAUGGAAGGAGUUACUGAAAAAUCAACAAAUGUGCGACCAUAUGAUACUGAUGAUCAGGUAACAGAUUGUAUUGAUAAAUAA